CGUGGUGUCGGCUGUUUGCAGUAACAAGCGUUCUUGUCGUUAACCUAGCGUUGCUUUCAGAUGACGAGCCGAGUGAAGGCCCCACAAGAACUAGAUGAUUUCCCCAGUAACAAAAACUUAGCGCUUACUGUACACCAGGUGUUAAACAAUCCAAAUUAAUGAAUUUAGUUUCACAACAUUUCCAUGAAGUAUUGUUACUUUCUUUAGAAAUGAAAAAGUAAAUCACUUAAUGGUUAAUUUGUCCAAGCUCCCAAGUUAGUACCUAGCAGAACUGAGCUUUUGACAACUCCUGUAGGCUCUGUACCCUCAGUCAGUGAGUUACACUGCCUAAAGCCUAAAGCUAAAAUAAUGUCAUGUUCCAGGGAGGUUUAGUUUAUGAACAAACAACCCAGAGCAUAAGGAGUUGUGGAAAGAAGGCAGAAGCCAGGAACUGUCAGUUUUACAUGGAUUGGUUUAUUUAUAGUCUCUAUAACCUCUGAGAUUGGAACAACUAUGAAAUAAUUUGAUAUUUUAUAGAGAAGGAAACUGAAACACAGAAAAAUGAGAUUACUUUUGAGCAUUUAAACUGCUAUUAAGUGGCAGAGUCAGAACUUUUAUUUCUCUGCCACACUCUCUUAGAGACUUACUCUCCUCCAGCAUGUGAGUCCUGUAUUGUACCACACUCCUGGCACAGGCGUGCUCACACUUAACACUCUGCACCUACCAGACUAGUGCUUAUUGCUGAACAGAUCCCGCAGCCUGGUCACACUGGGCUCUCAGUGUCAUGAGAGCCUCUGCAGCAGGAUUGCCAAAUUCAAUAGUAAGAAUAAAAGAUGCCCAGCUAAAUUUAAAUUUCACACAAAGGAAAAUUAAAUAUGUCCAUACAGCUUAUGCAACUUAAAAAAAAAUCAUCUUAAAUUCGGAUUUAAUUGGAAAACCUGCAUUGUAUUUGGCAACCCAUUUCCAUUAGUCUUUCAAGUUCAAAAUGAAAUGAUUCGACCAGAGGGUGUAGUUCAGUGGUAGAGAGCAUGCACAGGGCCCCAGUACAGCACCAUCUCCAAACAAAUAGAAACAAAUUCAAGUAUCAGUCAAAAAACCUCAGUGACUUUUUCUGGGCAGCUUUUUCACUUCUGCUCUUCACGCUAGUGUAAGGCUACCCAUAGCGUUUUUUGUUUUUUGUUUUUGUUUUUUGAAACAGGGUUUCUCUGGGUAGGUCUGGCUGGCCUGGACUCAUUUUGUAUACCAGGCUGGCCUGGAACAGUAGUCUGCCUCCCUGACUGCUCGGAUCCUUGAUUUCUUUUGGGGAACAGUUUUAUGUUCAUCUCUGCCCUCAGCCAUGGAAAGAUGUUGACUGAAAUAGUUGUUAUGAAUAAACGUUUACUAAGACCUACCAGGUGCGGGAGAAGUCCUGAAUAGAGAAGCAGUUUUGUAAAUUGCUUUCUGUGUGCUAAAUGUGGCGCUAGUAAUUUUGCUGAAUGCCCACUAAAUCCUAAUAAAUAGAUAGGCGUGUUCUCUGACGGAGUGCAAUUUUGAGGCCUUUAAUAUUUGGUGUAAACAACUGAUGCUAUUCAAAUCUCUGCGUCUCCUUUUUGAGAACGUUGGUUAGUUCCCGUUUCCCAUAGAAACAAAAGGCCCUGUAAGAGCGUAGGAAAACAGGAAGUGUGGGGUUUACUUCCGGUUCGUGCCGGAAGCUGACGCAGAGCGUCUGCACAUGGCUGCCCCUGGAGAGGAUGCCGCUCGUGGUGUUUUGCGGGCUGCCUUCCAGCGGCAAGAGCCGGCGUACGGAAGAGCUACGCCGGGCGCUGGCCGGCGACGGCCGGGCCGUGUACGUGGUGGACGACGCCUCGGUGCUGGGCGCGCGGGACCCGGCAGUGUACGGCGACUCUGCCGGGGAGAAGGCCCUGCGCGCCGCGCUGCGGGCCGCGGUGGAGCGGCGCCUGAGCCGGCAGGACGUGGUCAUCCUGGACUCCGUCAACUACAUCAAGGGCUUCCGCUACGAGCUGUACUGCCUCGCGCGGGCCGCGCGCACGCCGCUCUGCCUGGUUUACUGCGUGCGACCCGGCUGGCCGAGCCGCGGGCUCGGGGAGGCUGACGCCGCCGAGGAGGACGGGAAACCUCAGGCGGCCGGCGCUGCGCGGGAACAGCGCGCCGCCAGCCCCUCGGCAAACGGGGAACUCCCGGCCGCUGCCCCCGGGGAACCGGAUCCAGAGGAAACCCUGCCGUCCACUCCUCCAGCUGUGGGGACCCCCGAGUCCGGGAGAUCUGCAAAGUCCAGUGCCUUCUCUCCCGAACUUUUGGAGUCCUUAGCGCUGCGCUUUGAGGCUCCUGACUCUCGGAACCGCUGGGAUCGCCCCUUGUUCACCGUGGUGGGUUUAGAAGAGCCGUUGCCCCUGGCCGAGAUCCGCUCUGCGCUGUUUGAGAAUCGGGCACCCCCACCCCAUCAGUCCACGAAGUCCCAGCCUCUGGCCUCUGGCAGCUUUCUACACCAGCUGGAUCAGGCCACGAGCCAGGUGUUGACUGCUCUGAUGGAAGCACAGAAGGGCGCGGUACCCGGAGACUUGUUAACACUUCCUGGCACCACAGAACAUCUCCGAUUUACCAGGCCUUUGACCUUGGCAGAACUGAGUCGCCUCCGUCGCCAGUUUAUUUCCUACACUAAAAUGCAUCCCAACAACGAGAACCUGCCUCAGUUGGCCAACAUGUUUCUUCAGUAUCUGAACCAGAGUUUGCAGUAAUGUGGUGGUGGGCAUUUUGUCUGGAUUCUGCUAUACUUUGUCUGGAAAGAAUAGUCUAAGGUCUGCAGAGCAUACGAUAGUACUAGGGUUGCUAAGUUUGACCGGCUCAUUUUCUGCCUCUCUGCCGUUCCCCAAGAAUAUAUAUAGCAUAAACUGAGGCGAAGAAUCGCUAGGUCCAGAAAUACCAAGUGGCUUCGGUUGGACUCUACUUGAGGGUACUUUUCCUUCCAUCAGAAUGGAAGAGACUUGUUUUAAAUCGACUGUAAGAAGAAACCGAAGAUAAGUUUUGUAUUGACGAUGGUCCUUUUAUACUACAAGUAUUUUUGAGUACAGUACUUCUUGUUACUUAUCCUGGAGCUUCGAACACAGGUGAAUCUUCUGUCCCUGGGAAACUGAUAUUUGUGUAAGACAACCAUUAGCCAUUUCCUCUAAUAAAAUCUUGUGAAGUUGUC